UGCAGCCCCAAAUACUAACAUAGUCAGCAAGUAUGUUUCAAGAUAAAGCCUUGAAUUUGAUUCAAACCUCGGUCAUGUGACAUGGAACUGAAAGGUUUGGUGUAAUCAAACGCACCCAGGUCAGUGACAGAAAUGGCCACCGCGGAAGUAGAGCGCAGACGAGGUCAGCUUGCUGCUCUGUCCAUAGCAGCAGUGGUCAUCAUGGUGGGAGUCCCUCUGUGGUGGAAAACCACUGAAACCUACCGUGCCUGGUUACCUGUCAGUCAGAUCAGAGAGUUGGAAAAGCUGCAGCUCCAGCUGAGUGCAGAUGUGGAAGUCGUGUUUGCUCGUGGGACCAUGAUACCAGAGCAGCAGAAGAAGGUGCCUCUGACUCAGACCCAUGAGGAGGAUCAUGCAGUAGAUGAGGAUACGGCUUUAAAGUACAGAUAUGAGACAAAAUAUCGUACGGCUACGAUCAUGGAGGAGGACGCCCUGAACAAGCCCACUGCAGCCCAGGCAGAUCUUUCUCUGCACAUGCUCAGUGAGAGUCCAUGUGGUUCUUUGGUCAUAUAUGUCAUCCCAGAGUCUUCUCCGCUGCUGCCUGAGGAUGUCAAUGUGUACAUUGGUCAGCGACGGACCGCGCUGCUUCGUGUUGGUGCCCAGACAAGAACAGCUAAGACGAUUGAGCAGCUGCUGGAUCACCUGCAGCCACAGAUCAAAGAGGUACUGAGAGUGAUGUCUUUCAGCCGCGCUGACAUCACUGCUGCACUCAGCGACAGAGUCCGUUUCCAUCCAGGGAGCAAAGAGAGCAUAGCUGACAACAUGAGAGCCUUCAAAUCCAGUCCAGGUUAUGAGAUAACGUUCAGCUUGUUGAACCCUGACCCAAAGUCUCACCGGCUGCACUGGGACAUUGAAGGUGCUGCUGAGACCUACAUACAGCCUUUACUUACCAAAAUGUCUGCAGUGGCCAACUUUAGCAUAGAUUCUCAGACCUUGCACUACGCCAUGCUUGGUGUCAACCCGCGCUAUGACAGCAGCCGCAGCGCCUACACACUCAACGCUGACAGCCUGGCACAUGUCAUCAACCCAGUGGAGGCCAGACUCGGCUCCAAUGCGGCGUCUUCAAACCCAGUGUUGAACUUUCUUCUGUAUGUCCCUGAUGCUCAUCAUUCACCUCUUUACAUCCAAGAUCACCACAAGCAGGAGGUGCCCUCCAACGCAUUUCACUCUCCGCGCUGGGGUGGAAUCAUGGUUUAUAAUGUAGACGGUUACUAUGGCCCAGAAGCAGAGUUUCCGGUCGAUAUAAACAUCAACAUGGCUAAAGUCAUGGGCGUCUUCCUCGCCCAGCUUCGACUGUUGCUGGGUGUGCAGUCAUCAGCCGCUCCCCCCGGCUUCCUGGUGGCACCGUGCGGCACCGCAGGACUAGCUGACUGGGAGCUGGACCGCCUCAUGUGGAGCCGCUCAGUGGAAAAUAUAGCAACAGCGACCACAACAAUCACCUCUCUUGCACAACUGCUCGACCAGAUAGGCAACAUCGUCAUCAAUGACAAUAUUGCUGAACAGGUGUCCAGUGCGGUGACGUCUCUGCAGCUGGCUGUUGCAGAGCUGGAGGCUGGAAACCUGGGAUUCGCCCUGCAAUUCAGUAAGGAAGCCAUCAUGGCUUCAGAGAAAGCCUUCUUCGACCCCUCACUCCUCCAUCUACUGUAUUUCCCCGACGACCAGAAGUUUGCCAUCUACAUACCUCUCUUCCUGCCGAUGUGUGUCCCUAUUCUGCUGUCUCUGCUCAAAAUGGCCUCUGAGGCUAGAAAGAAACGCAGAGAAAAGCAAGCCAAGAAGGAUUGAGGGCCAGGAGAUAAUGUGUGUGGGGGAGAAACAUUUUAUCCGUUUUUGUUGGUGGCCUUGACAUUUGGUUGCUUAUUUGAGCAUGAAGAAGGUCUUCUUUACAGUGUUGAUGUUUUGGGAUUUUUCUUGUUGGCCAUAGGAUGGGUCUUUGUUGCAAGUUUUUAUGAAAUGACUACUGGAACUGUUAAAAGCUUGAAUUCUUGGAAAUACAUACAACUUUUAUAUAUAAACUCUACUUUCUAUUGUAAAUUAUUAAGAAUAAAAGACCAA